CACCUCCCUUCCGACCAGAUCACACACUGACACACAUGUGCGCAGGGCAGAACCUGGUCAUCAUCAUGCGCGGGGAGCGUUUCAUGGCGGAAUCACCACGUUGAACACGGAGCAGCAGCAUGGCUCUGCGGGGAGUGUGGCAGCUGAAGCGCUUGGUGAUCAGCUUCUGUGAUUUCUCGGGGAGCAGCAAGGGGGCGCGGGACUUUGCUUUGAAGGGCCAGCUCGAGGAGUUCAUCAAGGCCAACCCACAAAUUAGAAUCCUGACGCACAUCAACCGGGGCCAGCAUCCGUAUUUAAAAGGCACAUACGCGAACCUUUCUGAGCACAGCGUUGGGGUGAAGAACCAAGACAGCAAGGCCAUAUUGGAGGCCGCUCUGACUCUCCGGAACGCCACGGGGAGGAAAACGACGCUUCCAUUGCGGAACAGGCAGGUCACGAGGACGCCCAGUAUACAGGGGACUUGGACGCCUUUCUCAAAAAUACGGGCCACGACGGUCCGAGAAAAUAUCGAGCAAUAACAAAGAUGGGCUGCCACCUUGGGGGUGCAUGAAAGCUCCGUUUGUAGAUUCAUGUUGAGGCGCUCUUGUAUAUACCAAGUCAUUGAUAGUUGAAGUCCUUUCUCGGCAAGUUUGUUCGCUAAGGCUUGAUAGAUUCAUCUGUCAACGGUCAAUGAAGUCGACGGUUGCCCUUAGGGGCAUGUCAAUCCCCUGAUUUAUAUCUGAGGAAGUUCAGCAAGUCAUUUUAACGAAACUUGCCGGUCCGGCCAGGCACAGUAUUAACUUCUUGGUAUCGCGCUGUACCAAAGACAAAGCAUUCAGACUACAAUUGCGAGAUUUGGAGUUUAACUUAUGCGCACCUGGUUGCGCACUGAAUGACUUGCAUGUUCG